GCUGCCAUCUUGCGUCCCCGCGUGUGUGUGCCUAACCUCAGCUGGUCCGCCCGAGACCCCCCGAGCGCCAACCCUAGUCCCCCGCGCGGUCCCAUUUGCGCUCCAACAAGAUGAAAGAAACUAUCAUGAACCAGGAGAAACUCGCCAAACUGCAAGCACAAGUGCGCAUUGGUGGGAAAGGAACUGCUCGCUGAAAGAAGAAGGUGGUUCAUAGAACAGCUACAGCAGAUGAUAAAAAACUUCAGUUCUCCUUAAAGAAGUUAGGGGUAAACAGUAUCUCUGGUAUUGAACAACUGAAUAUGUUCACAAACCAAGGAACAGUGAUCUAUCUUAACAACCCUAAAGUUCAGGCAUCGCUGGCAGCGAACACGUUCACCAUUACAGGCCAUGCUGAGACAAAGCAGCUGACAGAAAUGCUACCCAGUAUCUUAAACCAGCUUGGUGCAGACAGUCUGACUAGUUUAAGAAGACUGGCUGAAGCUCUGCCCACACAAUCCGUGGGUGGAAAAGCACCACUUGCUACCGGAGAGGAUGAUGAUGAUGAAGUUCCAGAUGUUGUGGAGAAUUUUGAUGAAGCUUCCAAGAAUGAAGCAAACUGAAUUGAGUCAACUUCUGAAGAAGAUAAAACUUGAAGCAG